AUGUCUUCCCUUCCUCCUGUUUACAUUGUUUCCACCGCCCGUACCCCGGUAGGCUCCUUCCUUGGUUCUCUUUCCAGUCUGACUGCUCCUCAGCUUGGUGCUCAUGCCAUCAAGGCCGCCGUGGAGCGUGCUGAGGGUGUCAAUGCCUCGGAUGUUGAGGAGGUCUUCUUCGGCAACGUCCUUUCCGCUGGCGUUGGACAGAACCCUGCUCGCCAAUGUGCCAUUGGCGCUGGUCUCCCCGAAUCCACUGUCUGCACCACCGUCAACAAGGUCUGCGCUUCUGCUCUGAAGGCAAUUAUCCUGGGAGCCCAGACCAUCAUGACCGGCAACGCUGAUAUUGUUGUGGCUGGCGGUGCGGAGUCCAUGUCGAACACCCCCCACUACAUCCCCAACUCCCGUACUGGUGCCAAGUUCGGCCACCAGACCCUGGUUGAUGGAAUCAUGAAGGAUGGACUGCAAGAUGCCUAUGGCAAACAGGAGCUCAUGGGUCUCCAGGCCGAGGAGUGUGCACAGGACCACGAGUUCACCCGCCAACAGCAGGAUGACUAUGCCAUCCGCACCUACGAAAAGGCCCAGGCUGCCCAGGCUGCGGGUGCCUUCGACUAUGAAAUUGCUCCCAUUGAGCUCCCUGGUUUCCGUGGCAAGCCCGGUGUUACCGUGUCUCAGGAUGACGAGCCCAAGAACCUCAACCCCGACAAGCUUCGCAACAUGAAGCCUGCUUUCAUCCCCGGCAGUGGCACAGUGACUGCCCCUAACUCUUCUCCCCUCAACGAUGGCGCUGCGGCCGUCGUCCUGGCUUCCGAGGCCAAGGUGAAGGAGCUCGGCCUGAAGCCCAUUGCCAAGAUCUGUGGCUGGGGUGAUGCUGAGCAGCAGCCGAGCAAGUUCACCACUGCGCCCGCAUUGGCGAUCCCCAAGGCCCUCAAGCACGCUGGCGUGACUCAGGACUCCAUUGAUGCCUUUGAAAUCAACGAAGCUUUCAGCGUGGUAGCCCUUGCCAACAUGAAGCUGCUUGGCCUCUCUGAGGACAAGGUCAACAUCCACGGCGGUGCAGUUGCCAUUGGCCACCCACUGGGUGCCAGCGGUGCUCGUAUCCUGGCCACUCUGAUCGGUGUCUUGAAGGCGAAGCAGGGCAAGCUUGGCUGCGUUGGCAUUUGCAACGGCGGCGGCGGUGCCAGUGCCCUCGUGAUUGAGUCUCUUCUCUAA